GUACCACUAUCUCCACUCUAAGUUUCCCUAGCUGCUCGCUUGUUCCCAUUCAUCCCGCAUCGGUCCACCGGCUCGCAUUCAUUGAUCCAUGCUCGACUUGCUGUUCCCUGUGCAACUACGACCGUUCUUCCCGUCCACGCCCACGUCCAUCUACCUUUGAUCUGCUGCGCAGAUUCACCUUCCCUCACAUUCCUCCCGAUACGGUCCCAGUCGGCCUCAACACGCGAUGGCCGACACCGCCAUCUCAAAUGGCGGUCCUAUCGCUGAGGACAACAUCAUCAAUCGCCGCGGCGGCGAGUCCAUCUACCAAAGCUGCGUUAAUCUGAAGAAGCGCUUAGCAGAGGUGCCCAACUUCGAACCCCAUAUGCAGGAGAUGGAGGAGGCGGACCUCGUGCAAGGGAAUACCGAUCCGGUCGCCUCGCUUUGGAACUGUUUGCGAAAUGGUUACCCCCUCUUGGCCAUCUACAACGCUUCGGGGCCCGACGAGAAUCUCGAGAUCGAUCCCGCCAAAGUCCCCGAGGCCAAACGUCCCAAGGCCGCCACUUUCAAAUUCCUGCAAGCCUCCCUGCAGGAACUAGCUUUUCCCCAGCAAGAUUGCUUCCUGAUCACCGAUCUGUACGGGGAGAAUACCACCGGAUUCCUCAAAGUGAUCAAGAUGGUGAAUCGUGUUCUAGACAUCCUGGAGAUGCAGGGACAGUUGAAGCGACCGUCCGGUGAUCCAGCACGCGCUCCGGUAAAAGGCGCCGUCAAACUCACCAAGCGAGAGCACAUCCUCAAGGAGCUGUUGGAAACCGAGCGCGACUAUGUCCACCACCUGCAAAAUCUGCAAGCGCUGAAGAAGGAACUGGAGGAAACGGGAGCCCUGACUGGAGAUCAUAGCCAUCAAAUCUUCCUGAACUUGAACAACCUUCUCGAUUUUGCGCAACGGUUCUUGAUUCGGAUUGAGCAGCACUACGCUUUGCCGGAGGAGAGACAGAACUGGGGUGAACUCUUCAUACAACACGAGGAAGCCUUCAAACAAUAUGAACCCUUCAUUGCGAACCAGUUGCGGUGUGACGAGGUCUGUCUGAGAGAAUGGGAUAAGAUCCGAGUGGCCCCGCGAUCCCUUGAUUUACAACAGAUGGUGGCCCAACCCGCGACUCUGAACGGUUUCUUCGUGAAGCCCUUCCAGCGUUUGACCAAAUACCCGUUAAUGCUUAAGGAACUCGGCAAGCAAAUGGAAGAUCCAGAUCUCCAGAACGAUAUCCAGCGCGCAAUCGAUGCGAUUCAAUCGGUCUUAGACUCGGCAAACGACGCCAUCGAUCAAGAACAUCUGCAGACGGCGGUGAAGGACCUAGACGACCGUGUAGACGACUGGAAAGCUUUGAAGAUAGAGGCUUUUGGGGACCUCCUUCGGUUUGGCACGUUCUCUGUCAUUAAAGGCGACAAUGGAAAGGAUUCCGAGAGAGAGUAUCACAUCUACCUGUUCGAACGAAUUCUUCUGUGCUGCAAGGAUAUCAACCCUAACAAGCAGAAGACAAAGUUGAUGGUUGGAAAGGACAAGCCUGCCAUAACUGCCAAGGGCAAAGCACGCCUUCAGCUCAAGGGCCGCAUCUAUAUGGCAAAUGUGACCGAUGUGCUCUGUAUGCCAAAACCAGGAGCCUAUCGCAUUCAGAUCUUCUGGAAAGGCGACCCAGGCGUCGUCGACAACUUCAUUAUUCGCUACCAGAAUGAAGAUACCAUGCGUAAAUGGAGCAGGGACAUCGAAGCACAGCGAGCCAUACAGGCGGAGCAGCGCAGCGCACGUAACACCGGCACGUCGGAAACCGAAUUCAUGUAUAUGAAGGCCAUGGCCAACAUGCCCAACCCGUACCAGCAGGAAUAUGACGAGGAACAGGCUGCGACCAAGGAGGCCGCGUUUUUCUCCGAAUUUCCCAUGAGUCGCAACGCCUCCAGUACUAGUCUCCGGACUCGUUCAGCGACCGGAGGCAGCGGCAGCUCGGGUCCGGUCGGUCGUCCGCCUCGCUUCCCUGUGCCUGACCCCAACUUGUCCGUACAUACACAGUUCCCCGGUGGCCAAAUGUCGCCGGCUGAAAGGAACGCUAACUCUUAUUUCUCUCCGGUUGCCGAAACCCCAUCUACAAGGUCCAGUUCGCAGUCUACCGGAUACUUUGGCAGCCGGCAAGCCACGCCCACAAACAACUGGAACGAAGAUCAUCCUCGCUAUACGGCACCUGCCUUAUCUCGUGCUACAUCCAGGGACGGCCCUAACUCCAACCCCUACUUCAAUGGGGCUCCUAAUGGACGAUCUGCCCAGCGUCCCUCAUUACCCCCCAUGUCGGGACCGUCUGCGCAGGCAGCUAAUGGCAUGGCACAGCGGAUGCGGUCCGCUAGCAGUCCUGAUAUUCACCAGCACAACCCCGAGGUCCGUCGGUACAUGCAAACGAUCGACAAUGUCCCGGUCCCGCCUAUCCCUGCUCAUAUGGCCAGCAUGAAGGCACCAAUCAACCGAAGCCAAAACAACUCCCCCACCAACUCCCAGCUCCCUAUCCGAAACGCCAACCAUCUUUCUAACCCGCAUUUCCACGAGCCGCAAUACGGCGACUACCGGCCCAACACCUCGGCUACCGAUCAGCCAACUUCGCCUUUGAGCCAUGAACCCGAUGAGGAGCCCCUCAUGCCCACGCAACUCAAGGUGAAGGUCAAUUUCGAUGACAACUACGUUACAUUGGUUAUUGCAAGUAACAUCAUGUUCCGCUCCCUGAUCGACCGAGUGGACGCCAAGCUGGCUCGAUUCACGAGCAAGUCGAUCGGCAGCAAAUCAGUCCGUCUCCGAUACCGCGAUGAAGACGGGGAUUUCGUGACUAUCGACAGUGAUGAAGCCGUUCAAUUGGCCUUUCUGGAAUGGCGGGAGCAGCAGCGCGAUAUGCUUGCUCGGGGCCAAGUGGGGGAGAUCCAACUGUACUGCCAGGCAGUCGAGACCUAAGUGUGAUAGAGCUGAACUAGAGCCGCAGCAUUGUCACAUGUUUUGGCAUGACCUCCUUCUCCUCCCACCCUCUUUGUCUUUCUUGCUUUCAUCGUCCAUUUAUUCCCCUCUUCGCAUCUGUUCCUGUUGUGUUUCUCGAUUACUGCCAAUAUCAUCUAUUUUCUAUGAGCUGGAAAGCGAAGAGACACCGAUAACCCCAUCAUUCGCCGGCGCUGUCUCCUGGUUGCG